AUGCCACAACUAGAUACAUCAACAUGACUCCUCACUAUCCUAUCUAUACUCCUAACCCUAUUUGUACUACUUCAACUAAAAAUUUCAAAACACUCCCACUCCCCCAACCCCAAAUUAGUACUAACCAAAACACAAAAACAACAAACCCCUUGAGACACCACAUGAACGAAAAUCUAUUUGCCCCUUUCAUAA